AUGUCCAAGAAGCCAAGGUGGCAGGAGACCCCGAUGAACACUAAGACCAACAAUCCCACACAGAAGAAAGGGGGAAAGGACCUCACAUCACUACCAGCACCUGGAGGGAAGCAGGCCGGCAGCAGUGUGUCUAAAGCCGGUGUCAGCAGCGGACGGAGCAGCAGCCUGGGCAGAGGCAGCAACUUGACUGCAGCUGUUAGUAAAGUUGGCGGGAGUUUGAAAAGAGGCAGCCUCAGCCACCCGGGCUCUGCUAGCCACCCGAUUGCCAGACAAGCAUCCCACACAGCCAGAGCAGGUCCCCGCCUCUGCAGCAGCCGAAGCUUUUCAUCCCUCCACACCACCUCCCUCUCUGCUGUUCCCUUCAUGAGAAGCAGCCGCUCUCUCAACAGGCUCGACCAGAAAUCUGCCGGAGAAGACGGUGCAUUAGGGAAGUCACAAGCUAAGAAAGGACAAGCCUCUGGGAAGAAGACUCUGAACUCUAGUCGGUUGUCUUCCUCUUUGGAGAAAAUCAGAGGUAGCAAAGAGCCAUGCCAUGGAAAUAAUGCUGACAGAAUGAAAACAAGCAGCUCCCCGCAUCUAGCAGAGCCUUCCUCCUCUUUGGUUUCCACCAGUGCACAACACCAUCACUGCAUCAAAGCAAAGAAACUGACCACAGACGGGGUGUACACGCUGUGUGCAAUGACUGCUGGGAUGAAACGGAACUGGGUCCACGCAGUGUUCAAGAACGUGCGGCCCAGUUUUACACAUGACAACACAAGCUCUCGUUCAGAGCCGGAGACUCAGCAGCUGCAAGAACAUGGAAUCAGCAACCAGAGAGAAGUUUCACAUCAGCAGCAGGAAAAAGAGGACUCCAAAGUGCAGGUAGAAAGAGUGCAGAGCUCAGUCAAUGGAAAGGCUCCAUUGUCUCUUCUCCCUGGCUCACCUGGUGCUCCAGCUCCUACCGAUUCUCCAUCCGAGGUGGAGGAGGAGGGCACAGCUGCUCACCAAUGCUUGUUUCUUAGUGGAACCACACAAACUGGGUGGGAAGAAUGCCAAAGUCUCAGCUCAGUGGUGCUGCCAAAGGACGUGGUGAAUGACAGUUUGAAUAUACAGACUGCAAGUGAACAUCAGACUAAACAGAGUCUCCAGAGGGAAGACCAGCAGGUAAACAGCACCUGUGAUUGCACAAAAGUUGAGGAAACUCUGGCAUGUGAGCAGCAAACUGGGCAACUUGUCAAAGAGCUGGAACAAACUCAGAGGGAACUGUCUCGACUCCAGCAGCUAAACAGGAAUCUGCAGGACGAGCUGCAAAGAGAGAAAGAGAUCCAUUCAAGGGACUGCUUUGGCGCACAGAAUAACACCAACUCGUCUUCACAGCAAUCUUUGGCUCUACAGCGACUGCAGAAGAUAAAUCAGGACCUUCGCUUUGAGCUGGAAGCACAAAAGAGAAGUCAGGAGGAAGCCAGAGAGGCAGAACUACGGCGAAGAGUAGAUCUCUUAGCCCAGCAAGCUCAGCUGCUGGUUACGGGUGACGCCACGGCACUCGCACAAGCCCAUAUCGAGCAAGAUCGCCAGAGGUUUGAGGAGCGGCAGGUGGAGUGGGAGCGCUGUGUGGCCUUGCUGAAGUCCCAGCUGAACAUCAGCGAGGAGCAGAGGAAGGAGUCCGAGUCUCGCUUGACACAGCUUCAGCAGGAAUUAGAUAGCUACCAAAACCUUCAGCUGGAGGCUGAGAAGCUGCGGAAAAAUCUGGAUGAGGUGUCAGCAAAGCUUCAUAACUAUGAAGAGACUCAGGCUCAAAAAGAUGCUCGGCUACAGAAGCACCUCACGCUUCUUCAAGCAAGUCAGGAGAGGGAGCGACGGAGCUUGAUGGCAAGCCUGGCACAGGCUGAGCAGCAUUCACAAGACCUCCAGGAGAAACUGGACAGGUCUGAGCAGCAGGUAGAGAGUCUCACUAAGACCCAGACGUGGACGAGAGAAAUCGAGGUGGCACAACGGCAGCUUCAGGAAGAGCUGGCACGUACAAUAUCUGCCAUACAGCGACUCCAGGACGAAAGGGAGCAACUCGAUCGUCGCUGCCUUGAGCUGCAGGAUCAGUUAGCAGAGGCAGACAAGGAGGUGGGCAAGCUGCAGGAGCGCUUGAAAACAGAAGAAACACACUACUACAACCUGGAGCACACAUAUGAGAGAGUCUGUGAGGAACUGCAGGUGGCACUGGGAAAACUGCAGCAAAGGGAGUCUGAUACACAGGACAUAAGAGAAGGAUAUGAGAGACAACUCGAUAGGAAGGAGCAAGAGCUGAGUGAAGUUUUGCUAAAGAUGGAAGUCUUGGGUAACAGCUUGGAGGAGACGGAAGUGAAACUGAAUGAGGUGCUGAGAGCAUGCACCUGUGCCUCUUCUCAGCUGCAGGAUAACUCAGCAGAGACUAUUCAGCAUAACAAGAGGCAACAGCAAGCAACACAGCAUAUCACUGUGGAAAAGGAUAUAGACAGUUACCAGUUGUCUAACAGGUCCAAUAUUGCAGAUGUCAGCCUGAUGAAUUCUAAAGAACCUGCAGAAAAUGGCACACAAUCACUGGAUGAAUCAUAUCAGUACCUCAUCACUGCAGGAGAUGACCCAGAGCACUUUAUGUCUGUAAUCCAGCUGCUUGAAACCAAGCUUUAUGUAACAGAGGAGAAGUUAAGAGACAUCACACAAAGGCUGGAGGAACACCAGAGUCACAUCAGCUGCCGGGACCCCCAGCUUUGCUCCCAGCUGACCCAGAGUCGAGCGACUACCCAGCACCUCAGUCUACUUCUUCACAAUCAGGCCAAGAAGAGCCAGUGCUUUGCCCAAGAGACAGAGAAUCGCUGCAGGAUGCUAGUCGGCAGGUUUCAGGUGGCUCAGAACAUCAUACAGGCCUGCAGAGAGAGACUUCAAGCUAGUCCCCUCGAUAUUCCAGACUUGGAGAAACAGCUGGCUACUGUCGCUGCCUGUCUUCAGCAAGGAGAGAAAGAUGCAGUGAAACACCAGCAUGAAUCAUAUAAUGUCAGCAAAGGAGAGGGCAAGAUCCUCAAUGAAGAGAAAUCAGCCGGGGCUAAGAGUAACAUGAGUAAACCGACUAAUACUUGGUCCUCUUUGGAUGAGGGGGGAAGUGUUGAGAGGUGCUUAAUGAUGGAAAUAUUCGUAGUAGAAAAAAUCGUGUCUGUCCUUCAGAGCCAACAUGGUCAGAUAACCUCAAUAUCAAGAAACGAUGAGGGGGAUGUGGCACAAAGGUACAAAAACAUAAUCACUCGAAGAAUAGCGUUAAAAGCACAAGAAAGGAUGCGAUCUGAGAGAACAGGGUGUGACAACAAUGAACUUUUAGAAAGUUUAAUCUGUACAGUUUGUGCUGAAGAGGAGCUAAUUUAUGCUGCCUUAAAAAUUCAUCAACAAUACGAGGGUGUGACUCCAGUAAACAGCAAAGACGCUGAGGAUCGAAUGACGGGUCUGGCAGAUAUCAGCCCCUCGGAGUUGGCUUCUUAUGAGGAGAGACUGCAGGAAGAUGCCAGGGGCUUGGAAGAACCAGAAGAAGAGGACCAAUCAGAUGACAAAAAAAUGGAGGGAAAGAAAAAGCCAGACUGGUUAGAGAGACUAAUAUCCCGGCUGCAGAGAAGGGCUACAUUUUUACACCAGCUCUGCCUGGUGAACUCUGGUGACAGCAGACCUGUCGGUGGUGAUGGCAUGGAGCAUAGAGGGAAGGAAGCUGCUGCCUUUGACUUAAAAUGUAUGCUGGACCAGGCAAAGUUAAUUUAUUUGUCAGAGCGGAUGUACAUGGAUUUAAAGCAGGAGUUUCAAAUUGACGUGAACAAACUGGAAGAGCAGCGCAACGAUGUAAUAGAGGAGCAGGAGGCCUUAAAUGACACAAUAAGCCAGCUUCAAGAAGACAACGGCACGCUGAGAAAAGAACUGGAGCUGGCUGAAAAGAAGAUAAUAUCAGUAGAGACCGGGAACCAGAAACUCCUAGAAGACAUACAGAAGAUUGAGGAUUAUCAUGCAGAACGAGUGGAAAAACUGGAAGACGAGUUUCAGGAGAAGAUAAAGGAACUGCAGCAGAUCCACGAAGAGGAGAUGAAGCACUUACAUGGCUACUACACCAAGGCCUGUGUUUCCAGAGAGAAACAGAGCAAAUCCCGCACAGAGGCACCUCUUUUCAUCCCAAAUACAUCUUGUCUACCAGAGCAGAGUGUGAUGGAGCGGGAAACAGAGGAGGACUUUGGGAUCCAAAUGAAUUACAAGAAAGAUCUGGAAAACAUUCAGAUUCAUGAAUUAAUAAACCAGCGCAGAUCAUGGAGGAAGAGACAACUGCUUGCUUUCCUGUUCGUCAUCAUCUGUGCUUUGCUUUGUCAUCAAAGGAAGGAGAUCCAGUUAUUGCAGAAGGAGCUGGAGAUGCUGUCGGUUCAGCACACCGAGAAAUGCCUGGAAAACUCUCAGCUCAGAGAGGAACUGCAAGAUGAGAGAAAAUCAAUGAUGCAGUGCCAAAAAGAAAACCAGGAACUCAAAAAGAAACAGGUGAUUCUGAGGGCGAGGGAGGCAGAAAUUCAGUUUCUCAGACAGGAAUCUCAUUCUCUCAGAGAAGAGUUGAAGAUUGCUCAGAUGGACAAAAUAUAUGCUGAGAAUAGGCUCAAGACCCCCUAUACAAACAGCCAAGGUGAACCCCAUCAACAUGUCAAUAGGCUUGGUGAAGAUUUUAAGUUCUCCACCUGGUCUCCAAGAAGAGUCACUGCAGGGCCGAGCCACGAUGACUCUGAGGGAAAGACAAACACUGCUACUUUUCCAAAGAAAUCAUCCCUCGUGCGACAAAUAAGAGCAGGUAGAUCGAAGAGUUUAAAGGAGGGCCUUUCUGUCCAAGAAAGGAUGAAGCUGUUCGAGUCAUUCUGAUCCAGAGAAGAUGACCAGCUGACAUCUGCACUUCAGAGCUUUUCAGAAAUCUGUCUUAUUAUAACCUUUUCGUGUGUUGAAUGAUCAGAACAGGACACUAGAGGGCGCAACAAACACAGGUCAUUUUACACAUGCAUUCAGUGCAUUACACAGAGGUUUUGUAACUUAUAGACAAACUGUAUUUUUAUUGAAACACAGCUCACAUAAGCGUUUUGGAUCACUUGUAUUUGACAUUAUAGGCCACAUAACACAACAUUUACCCUUCCAGCAGAGGAAAUACAUUCCUGAAAGAGAAGAGAUGCUACUGUACUUUUAUUACUUUCUGAACCUUCAUAUUUAUUCGAAACAGCUGCUUUAUGACUUGAAAUAAAUGAGCUUUCAAGUAAAACAAGGUUGGUCAAAAAUAA